AUGCCAGCUGCGAAGAAAAAGCAAGCCGAUCCCUGUGAUGACUGGGAGGAUCAGGACUACGAUAGUCCGACCGGUGGUUCGAUCUCGCCUAUUUCUGGGAAGAUUUCUCCAUCAAACACACUUCCAUCCGAUCCUGAGCCUGUUUCCUCCUCGUCAACCCUUCCCACAAACGUCGCUUCUGAUCCAGUCGAAAUAGAAAACUCCGCGAUGUGGAAUAAUGCAAAUCGGAAUCCUCAGUAUGUUGUACUUCCCGCGAACGCUGCACAUUCAGCAGUAACUGCCAACCGCCCAUUAGUUCAGGACACGAUGUUCGGAAAGGCCAAGGUGACGAUUCUAAAGCGACCGAAAGCAGAAUCUAUGAAUCAGUCGUCCAGCCACUCCAACUCCUCUUCGUCCUCGAACCUGAGUAUUAGUUUGCGAGAGAAGGCUUAUUCGGAAGCCCGCGAGAGGAUCUUUGGUUCCGCAUCAGGUUCCGACGAUCAGUCGUCUUCGAAACCACUCAAGAUCAGCCCAACCCCUCCUCAGAUUUCUCGCGACUCUUCUUCGGCCAAUAUGGUCGUCGUUCAACGUCAACCUAGUGGCCCUGUAUCCUCAGACCAGAAAGGCUUCAAUUCUCGACAAAAAUAUAUCCCCACCUAA